UUUAGUUAGGUUGAGCUGUUAUGGAACGAUCUCAGUUGGGAAUUCGAUCUAAUCUCGCUCAGACUUUCAAGGACUUAGGACUUCUUGUCUUGAACUUAACUUGUCCCGCCAUUGGAUUUGUUGGAUUUGGUCCCUCUUUUUGAUUUCCACGUGAUGGUAGUGGCCAAGAAAAAGGGUGCGAACCCGUGCAAAUCCAUUGGGUCCAAAUUUCAGUCUAUAUUCAUUGGAGGACUGGAAAAGGGGUUCCAGAAAUAUGGUGAAGCAGUUUCAAGAUGGCCGGUGGCUUUCAUCAUUGGCUCCAUUGUGAUAUGCGCUAUUUGCUCGAGCGGGAUUAUGCUUUUAGAGGAAAACACUAACGGAAAUGAGCUUUGGGUGCCUCAAGACUCGGAUUUCAAAGAAAACGGAGACUUUGUGGCGGCCAGUUCUCCACCUCGGCCGCGGUUCCAUUCCACGAUUUUUGUGGCCGACCAGAACAUUCUUCAAGCCAAAACCAUCCAGGAGAUGUUCAAAUGGAGGCUCGAAAUUCAGCAAGUGAACAAUGGAGCUUGGGAACGAGCUUGCAUGAGGGUGCCUUCUUUGUCCUGUUCAGGUGGAGCAUUAGCAGGGGGUGGAACUGGGGGUGGCGCCUGGCCUCAGUCCUGUCAGUCCUCUGCUCAAGGAGGUUGUCAAGUGUGCAUUGAAGGCGGCAUUUUGGAGCUAUGGGCCAAUAACGGCUCGUAUGAUGCGACGAGUCAAGCCUCGAUUGAUGCUCUCACGGAUGCCAGCUUAUUGGCCAAGAUCAACGAUCAAGCCAAUCUGGUCAGCGGGAUCACGGGCCAGAAGAUGAGCAUUGAGCAGUUUCUGGGUGGGUUGGAGAAGGAUGGAACGGGUCAAAUCACCGCCGCUCGCGCUACCAAGUUCAACUUUGUGGGACGACUACACGAAGACGCUCUGGCUGAGAAUGAGACCCAAGCGGAUUUGGACUUUGAGACGCGAUUCAUCGAAAUUGGGAACAACUUCACGUUGGCCGGAGUCACUGCCUAUGUGAAUGCCGCACGCAGUUUUGGCGACGUCUUGGGUGGAUCAAUUGGUGGGGACGUCAAUAUGUUGGCUCUGGGCUAUCUCAUCGUCAUCCUUUACGUCAUGGCCAUGUUGGGUAAAUUCAACUCCGUGGAACAGCGGGCCCUUCUCUCGUUAACCGGCAUCAUGGCGGUGGGUAUGGGCAUUGGAUCCGCUUAUGGUUUCUGCUCUUAUGUUGGCUUGGACUACACGGGACUCCAUUCGAUCUUGCCGUUCUUGCUCUUGGGGAUUGGCAUCGAUGACAUGUUUGUCAUUGUGCAGAGCUUUGAUAAUUUGAAGGACGGAGAGUUGGCGUUGGCUUUGGCUCAACGGUUUGGUCUGUGCAUGAGUCACGCCGGAGUGGCCAUCACCAUUACGUCCGUCACGGAUCUGUUGGCCUUUGGUAUCGGUGGCACAACCGUUCUCCCGGCCUUGAUGUCAUUCUGCUUGUUUGCAGCCAUGGGAAUCCUCUUCGUGUUCGGCUACAUGAUCACCUUCUUCUUGGGCUGGUUCGUGCUUGACCAAAGGCGCUUGGAAGAUGUUCGAGAUGGGUUCAUUUGUUGCUGGAAGAAGAGCGAUUGGAGUCCAAACAAAUGCAGUCAGACGUCACUGAUGACUAUCGGAUUUAAAAAAUUCGCUGAUACAUUGAUUCGGUUAUGGGCCAAAAUUGUGAUUUUCAUCUUGACCUUGGUCAUCUUUGGGAUAUCGUUGUACUUUGUUUUUCAAUUGGAAACCAGUUUCGAGUCAACGGACUUCAUCAAUGAAGGCACCUAUUUGCGCGGCUUCAUCGAGGCCUCGGCUGAACAUUUUCCAAAUAGUGGGAUCUCUGGAAACAUUUUCAUUGGAGAUAGUGAGAAUAUCUUAAACAAUUUAGACGAGGUCCAAGCAUUGAUGACCCAAGUCAGCGAAGACGAAUCCUUGAAUCAGUUUGCCACAAGAGCAUUGGAUUCCUUUCCAUUUGCUUUUAAGAAAUGGAUGGAUGCCAAUAAGCCUGCAUCAACGAACAAUGCCAUUUUAAGAACUUACCUCACUGAAUUCCUUCACACCAGUGGACGACCAUUUCGAAACAACAUUAUUUUCAAGGGGGAACUAGUUUGCACCGACCCUGCCCCACCCAUCAAGAUCAUUACGCUCGGGUUUACUCAUAAGGCAUACGAAGGCGUAAACGAGCAUAUUGACAAAAUCAACGCUUUUGAGGACAGCAUCAAGAAGUGGUCCGACAAAUUUGGGGCCAACGCUCGGGUGUUCGCCUAUUCCGCUCUCUACGCCAACUACGUGACCAUGGAGAUCAUUUCCGAGGAGCUCUUGCGCAACAUUGGUCUAGCUCUUUUGUGCGUGUUCAUUGCCACGCUCAUCCUCAUUGGCGACCUCUUGGCCAGCAUCAUUGUCGUCAUAACCGUGGUGAUGGUCCUGGUGGAUGUGAGUGGAUUUAUGUACCUCUGGGGUCUAAGCGUGGACACCGUGGCCGCCGUGCUUCUCACCAUUGCCAUGGGAUUGUCGGUGGAUUACAGCGCGCACAUUGCUCACUCGUUCAUGGUCAAUUCGGGAUCACGCAACGAUCGAAUCCACGAAACUUUGGUGGAAAUGGGACCCGCGGUCCUCAAUGGAGGCUUUUCGACCUUCUUGGCCUUUGCUCUGCUCAUGACGGCCCAAUCCUACGUGUUUCAAACGUUCUUCAAGAUUUUCUUCUUGGUGGUGGUGUUCGGUGUGUUCCAUGGCUUGGUGUUCCUGCCCGUGGUCCUGAGUCUCAUUGGUCCUGGAACGAUCGGGAAAGAGAACUCCAUCUCUCCGGUUACGCCCAUCACUCGGGUGGCCUCCGCCUGGGAAGGCAAGGGCGGAAAACCUAAUCCUCAAGGCAAAUUCUAACUAAGCACACCAACACGUUUUGCUGCCACACGCAUCGAAAGUACAAUCAAUAGUCAAGUCAAGGAGGAAGUUUUACGUAUCUCUGCCAAUCAAAACAGUAGUACAAUUAUGGCUCUCAACAACGCCACUUGCGGGUCGGCUGGUGGAUUCCUGAUUCUCGACGAUUACGGGCGGAAAGCAUCGUCUGCGGUUCUAAGAAUGGCGGUGUUUUAGUGGUCUAUUUAAUUGGAGUAUGUGGGUAUUAUCAAGAUAAAUCGACGGAUUUCCGGACACAACAGGGGGAAAAUCCGCUUAUGAGAUGGAUCUGUGAUAGAGAUUAUUUUCUUUUUUUGUUCCAUAUCGUCAUAUACUCAUAUAUCAAAGUUUUAAACAAUGUUGUACAAUAUUUGUUGUACAAUUGAAGCUACAUAUACAAUAUAGUUUUGAAGUUCUA